AUGGCAAGUGUCAGCGGCGCUUAUGAAAAGAGCGUCAAAGGUGCAACAAAGUCGAAACUUGCUCCACCAAAGACGAAAUACAUUGAGCACUUGCUUUCGGCUACACGGGCGGGAGAAGCGGCUAUUGCUGAAGUCUUUCGGGGAAUACAGUAUAGGCUGAAGGAAACGACAUGGACUGUUGUCUUCAAGGCGUUGAUCGUCACGCACUCAAUGAUUCGCGACGGCUACAAGAAUGCGACCUUGGACUACCUCGCCAAUUCACAUCAGUUCAGAAUCACAUCCCUGACGACGACGGGUUGCUCACCUAUGAGCGAACAAGGCUCCAGUAUCCGCGACUAUGGCAUGUAUUUAACGGAACGGAUAAAAUCCUUCUCCAACAUCAAAGUAGACUAUGUCAAGGCCAAAAAUGAUCCAACGGGACAAGGACGACUUAGAAAGUUGUCUGUUGAUAAGGGUCUCUUGCGGGAAACAGAGUCUGUGCAAAAGAUCAUUGGCCCACUCAUCACUUGCCGCUUUCUCGAACGCGACGUCGAUAAUGAAGUCGCUCUGACUGCCUUUCGAUUACUCGUGGCAGACUUGCUCGUCUUAUUUCAAGUCGCAAACGAGGGUGUCAUCAACGUCCUCGAACACUACUUUGAAAUGUCCAAGCCGGAUGCUGAGCGUGCUCUCAAAAUUUACAAGACAUUUGUCGAGCAGACGGAUGGCGUGAUUGUCUUCAUGUCCCUUGCCAGAAGCCUCGAGUCUGUGACACGGCUGACCAUUCCAAACCUGCAACAUGCACCAACAAGUCUAGGAGACAGCUUAGAGGAGUAUGUGCGAGACCCUGAUUUUGAGCAAAAUAGGAUUCAAUUCCUAGCAACCAAGGGCAAAAAGAGCGUGGCUACGCAGGAUACCAGUGCUGCCAAGACAGCUGGCACAGCUCCAUCCACGACACAGCUCAAAUCUGCGUUGAAGCAGAAUACCGACAGCAAUCCAUUUGGUGCGCCGCAGUUGCCUACAUCUGUUCAACAUGCCGGCAAUAGCGAUCUCAUUGACUUCUUUGGCUCGCUCGAGUCGCCGCAACAACAACAAGCCCAACCAAUGCAGCAGCAGCAAAUGAUCAAUCCUUACUUGACGGGACAAAUCAUGCCGGUGCAGAACACGGGUAUGUACCAACAACCGCAGCAACAAGCAUUUUUGCAGCAGCAAGCAACUGGAUUCAAUCCAUAUUUGCAACAGCAGCAGCAGCAGCUGCAGCAACAACCAAUACAGCAGCAACAACAGCCACAAUUACGACAAUUCACAGGUUCGGUACAGCCGCAGAUGCAGUCCUUCACAGGUCAAGCACAGACAAUGCCAAGUAAUGGCUUUGGUGGUUAUGCUACACAACCUACAAAUGAAUUCGCCAUGCUCUCACAACCGCCAUCGCAGCAGCAGGUUCAGCCAUUACAGUCUCAAACAACCGGUUCAAAUCCAUUCAGAAAGUCCAUGUUGCCUGCGACCAUGACUGGAUCCAUGUCGUCACCAUACGCUAUGAGCGUCUAUGGCGGUCAAGAUGCAGGUGGUAUGAAUCACCUGGCUGCACAACGGACAGGUGGAAAUCCUUUCGCGAAACCGGUACAGCAAGGUGCAUAUGGACAAGGUGCGGCACCGAUGCAGUUGCGAGCGCAGACGACGGGUAAUCCGUUUUCGAAGCCAUCGACUCCUGGAUCGGGCUACGGCCAACAGCAGCAGCCCAUGUACACCGGACAGGGCAUGGCCCAACAAACAACAGGCUCCAUUGCACCUCAACAAACUGGUUCAAAUCCAUUCAGAAAAAGCAUGAUGCCGAUGCAGCAAGCCCCGAUGAACUAUGGUACUCGGUGA